CCACUUCCUCUUCCAUGAAGGAGACCGAGCCGCGCUGUUUCUUUCUCAGUCCGUGCUGCCCCGCUUCCGGUUAUGCCUGCUCCCUUUCCGCUUGGGCUGCGUUUGAGGCCGGUCCUCGGCCAUGGUGCGGUUCCUGCAUAUCCAGAACCGGCAGCGAGCGCCGCUGACCUUCUGCGGGGAGUGCCCUUCCGUGCAGGCCGAAGCAUCACCAUAUUCUCUAGUUGACAUCUGCUUGAAUGCCUUAGUGGCCGAUUUAGAAAAAUUCUGUGUAGAAAGGCCAGAUGGGUCAUUGUGCCUCAAAGAAUCUGAACGGCUUCCUCAAGAAGUAGCUGAUCGAUUGCUGCAGAUAAUGGCAUAUCGAGAGCUGCUUAAUGAUGGCACAGUGGGCAUUUUCCGGGGAAACCAAAUGCGUUUGAAGCAGGCUUGUAUCCGUAAAGCGAAAAUCUCAGCCCAGUCCUUUAAGAAGGCCUUCUGUCAUCAUAAACUAAUUGAACUUGACGCUGCAGGAAUGAAUGCUGCUGUUACUGUUAGGGAUGUGGUGCAUGGACUGGGCAGCAGUACCUGGAUCCAGAACAACCUCCAGUGCCUUGUUUUAGACUCAUUAACUCUUUCCUCUACAAAUCCGUCUGAAAGGUGUUUUAGUCAAUUAUGUGGUCUUCGCUCUCUGAGCAUUACAAAUGUCCUUUUCCACAAUGAAGAUCUAGCUGAAGUUGCUUCUCUGCCAAAAUUAGAAAGCUUAGAUAUAUCCAACACUUCUGUUACGAAUAUAACUGCCCUCCUUGCUUGCAAGAAUCAACUGAAGUCUCUAACUAUGCAUAGUCUGAAAUGUUUGAAAAUGUCUGCCCUAAUGUUCUUAGCUGUAAUAAGAGAAUUGGAACAUCUGAUCCAUCUUGAUAUCUCAGUUGAACAGCAUUCCACAUCAACCAUUCCCCGUCGUUUGCUAGAACAAAAAGACAUUCUUCCCAGUCUUGUGUCUCUCGAUAUUUCUGGAAGUAGGAACAUUACUGAUGAGGCUGUGGAAGCAUUUGUCAGACAGCAUCCAAGAAUGCGUUUUGUCGGGUUGCUAGGAACUGAAGCUGGAUACACGGAGUUCCUUUCAGGAGAGGGAGCCUUGAAGGUAUCGGGAGGAGAAAAUGAAAUGCAGAUUUCAGAAGCCUUGAAACGCUACAGUGAAAGAGCAUGUUUUGUGAAGGAGGCUUUCUUUCAUCUUUUUACUCAGACAUGUUUUCUGAGAAUUACAAAACCUGAAAUUUUAAAGCUUGUGAUUAUUGGAAUGAGAAACCACCCUUUGGACUUGGCAGUACAGUUGACUGCGAGUGCCUGUGCCCUCAACUUAACUAGACAAGGCUUAGCAGCAGAAAUGCCUGUUCGUCUGCUCUCCAAUGUAAUCCAGUUGCUGCUAAAAGCUAUGGAAACAUUUCCUGAACAGCAGCAGAUCCAGAAAAACUGUCUUCUUUCAUUAUCCAAUGUCAGGAUUUUGCAAGAUGUUCCAUUUAACAGUUUUGCAGCUGCCAAAUUUGUUGUUCAGUGGUUGUGUAACCAAGAAAAUCAACAUAUACAAAGGAUUGCAGUUAAUAUUAUCUCUAUCCUGGCACUUAAGCUUUCUGAUGAACAAGCAGCACAACUUACGUCAGAGUUUUACAUUGUGGUUGGGAAACUUCUUGAAAUAAUUGAACAGAAAACCAAUCAGAUUGAAUUGGAUACAACUUUCCAUUUUACGCUGAGUGCCCUUUGGAAUCUCACAGAUGAAUCUCCAACAACCUGCCGUCACUUCAUUGACAACAAAGGAUUAGAACUUUUCGUGAGAGUUUUAGAGACAUUUUCUUCUGAUUCUUGUAUACAGCACAAAGUCCUUGGCCUUCUGAAUAAUGUAGCAGAAGUGAGAGAGCUACAUCCCAGGUUAAUGCAGAAGGACUUCAUGGAUCAUGUCAAUGAAUUGCUGAGCAGUGCUGAAAUGGAAGUUGGUUACUUCUCAGCUGGGAUUAUUGCCAAUUUGCUAUCAAGAGGUGAACAAGCCUGGACAUUGAGUCAGACAUUGAGAAGAUCCCUUAUUGAAAAACUGCAUUCAGUCCUCUUGAAGUGGCCAACACCAGAAUGCAAGAUGGUAGCACUUCCAGCAUAUAGAUCACUCAGAGCUUUCUACCCAUUGCUAGACUGCUUUGCUUUACCUGGUGUACAGAUAUGGGCAGCAUGGGCCAUCCUGCACAUUUGUUGCAAAACCCCUGCCAGGUACUGUGCCAUGUUAAUAGAAGAAAAUGGACUACAGCAUUUAUAUAACAUCAAAGAAAACUAUCAAAGCGAUCCAGAUGUCCAGUAUCUAACAACUGAGAUACUAACUUAUGUGAACACUCACAUGAAAUAUUAUGGGAAGUUUAAACACCGAAAGGAGCUGCAAACCAAAUCAAAUGGAUAACAGAGGGCACAGCUGAACCUUCAUCCUGUACUGUUCGCAAUGUGUGCUGGCGAUUUAUACCAGUCAUUUCUGACCCAGAUGGCCCUUCUUGUAAGAUGUGAAGAUGCUUGUAUGCUGCACACAUCUCGAAGUUUACAAGGUGCUUCAAUUUGUAACUUCCAUUUUAAGAGGGGAAAUAAGGUCUGUCCCUAAACGAAACUACUCAGUAGUUUUGUAGGAUGAACUAAGUCUGUCAUUUACAAACAGUCAGUUUCAUAGUGGCAGUCUCGAAGACAAGAACAUCACAAAGCUUUAAAACUGUUUAUUCUCCUGCAGGUAAUGCCCAAAAUGGCAAAUUCAGGUCCUCUUCCAUCAUUACCUAUGUUCUAUCAACAGCUGAAUAAACAGUAAUGUUUUAUUAUUGUUGAGCAGAAUAAACAUUGGUAUAGUCUUACUGGUUUGAGAUGUAAUUCCUCUUCCAAAAGUUUCAAGAAGCUUGAGAAGAGUUCUGAAAAUACUAGGCACAGGAAGACUAGUUUCAGUUAAUAUAUGUUGGAUGAGUCUAUUGGAGACUGUUAGGCCAGGUAGACGUUUUCAUGAACUGGUCAUGCAACACUUCUAAACGUGCAUGGUCAAAGAAGGGAGAUUUUUGGCUGCUAGUCAGUUGUGUAUUAUAUCACCAAGUCUAGCAUAAUUGCAUUGUUUUGAGAGUUGUAUAUCAACUAUUUUUGUAUAAGGUCAGGAAUGGGAUCAUUCAAAGUGCUCUUUCAGUUUUUGUAUCAAAAUUAAAAGGCAUGUCAAUUGAUGGCACAUAUAGCUGCACGUUUUUAUCAAGCUAGCUAGUAAGAGUGAAGCGGAAGCUUCACCAAGGUCACCAUAGUAUUAUCAAUAGAAUACUAAGGCUAUAGAACAGACUUACUUCACUCUAGCUGUCAUUUUUCAUUGAUAAUGUAGAUGAAGUAUGAACGCAGUGAAGGUAUUGUGAGGUAUAAGUGAGGCUUGGAUUAGUGAGACUCUACUGUACAUACAUAUACAUAUACAUACACACACACACACAUUAAUCUUAUAAAAGCAUUUUUCCCUGAAAUAUUUGUUAAACCCUCCUACAGAUAUAUAGGCAUUUCCUCCUGCAAGCCUUUGCAAUCCCUAUGUACCUAUAUAUCUGAACCUAUCUGUCCAUAUACAUUAAUUUUAUAUAUUUUCCCCUGAUAUAUUUGCUGGUGAUCUCAAAGAAAAUCGCAAUGCGUCUUCCCUUCUUCAUUUGCUUCCCAUACCUCAAAGAUCAUUCGCUGCAGUCCAAAACAAAAUGUGGAUCCAAAUGGGUUUGUAUUGUUUGGAGAGGAUGACCUGGAAAACAAAACAAAACAAAACAAAACAAAGACUUAGAGAUUCUAAAGAAAACCAGUGAGAAAGUGAGAAACUAUAUGUUGUGUUAUAUUGAGAUGGGUGAGAAACGUCCCAGACCCACUCCAGGGAAACAGCUAUUCUAGAGGAGAUUCGGUUAUGAGAAGUACAUUCUCCACAUUUUUGUUAACUUGUGGAGAAGAAAGCAUGGGUGAUUGUAAAAGAUCUAUGUUUCCAUAAAAUGGUUUAAAUUGUUUAAAUUAAAUUUAAAUUCUGCAAACCACUUCAUAGAAAAUUAGAAUAGUUGGCCCUGAAGCAGAUAGAUUGUACUAUCUAGUUGGGACUUCACUUAUUAUUAGAAGGGGAAAUGCCUACCUUUGGCAGGUAUUUUGCUUCUUUCUUUGCUCCAGACUGUUGGUACCAUAGCCUUGAUAUUUGCCUUCUUAAAAAUUGACCAGUGUCAGCGGACAUGCCAUAUUGUUUGAAAUAAAUCAUACAAACAAUA